AUGUCCCAACCACAAGCGGCCUCAGCAUCGCCCAUGCCAGAGGGUGUUACCGACCCAAACUAUAGGCCUGAACCAGGCCGCCUCGGAAACCUCACGAUGGUGCAGCUGCACACUCUGGAGAAGUUCAAGAAGGAGCUCAAAGAGGAGGGUCACUUUGUAGAGGAGAGAAUGGACGAUGCCACUCUUUUGAGAUUCCUACGUGCCCGGAAAUUCGAUCUUGUAAAGGCGAAGGAGAUGCUGCUGGCAGCUGAGCAAUGGAGAAAAGAAUUCGGCGUGGAUGAUAUCAUCAAGAACUUUGAUUUUAAGGAGAAGGCAGAGGUGGAUAAGUACUAUCCUCAGUACUAUCACAAAAAUGACAAGGAUGGCCGCCCUGUAUACGUCGAACGCCUCGGUAAACUCGACAUCAAAGCUCUCUAUGCUGCCACAACCCAAGAACGUCAACUCCAGCGCCUCGUCUUCGAGUACGAAAAGUUCCUCACGGAGCGCCUUCCCGCAUGCUCAAAGGCUGCGGGGCACCCCGUCGAAACCUCUUGCACGAUCCUUGAUCUUGGCGGCGUCUCGCUCUCCAACUUCUAUCGCGUCAAGGACUACGUCUCCCAAGCGUCGUCUAUCGGACAGAACCGAUACCCAGAGACGAUGGGGAAAUUCUACAUCAUCAACGCACCCUGGGCGUUCAGCACGGUGUGGAUGGUCAUCAAGCCAUGGCUGGAUGAGGUCACAGUGAAGAAGAUCAACAUUCUGGGAUCGGGAUAUAAAGAUGAGCUGUUGAAGCAGAUCCCCAAAGAGAAUCUGCCCAAAGAGUUUGGUGGCGAGUGUGAAUGCUCUGGGGGAUGCUCGUUGAGCGACGCCGGUCCAUGGAAUCCUGUCAAGUAG